AAACUACCCCUCAGUCCCCGGACAAGCUUGCAGAGUCGUUCCUUCCUUCGUUUCGUGAGUUUCCCUUAUAUGACAACAACAAACGUUUUUAUUUUCAAAUUUGUCAAAAAAUAAUUUUCUAUUUUUUUGUAAAAAAAAUUGUGAUCGCCCCCUCCCCAUCCCCUCCGAACCACAAAAAAAAAUAAUUUAAACCACAAUACAAAAUGAUUUGUUGUUCGUGUAUUGCGUGCGAAACAGGAUAAUGAGACUCGUGGUAGCUUUGGUGCCAGUGGUGGGAUAUCAGUGAAACAAAAUCCUCAUCCCCCUUCCGCGUGUGCCAAGGCCGAGGUGUUCUUACCCUUCAAAAAAAAAAAUAAAUAAAUAAAAUAAUAAUAAACUACUGCGAGCCAGUGCCGCCUGUCCUAACACAGAGUUCUUAAAACAUUGCUGAUCAUUGGACAUGGUGAGGGGGCAUGUUGGUCUGGCGGCGGUUGCUGAUCGCAGCCGCGAUUGCGGCCUCUGUAGGGGCCUCGGCUUCGUCCGCUAGUUUCCCCGAAAUUUCCGGGUAUUCUGGCUUUUCCGGUUAUCCCGGAUUCUCUGUAUUUGUACGUUCCGCGACCUCUUCUGUUGGUCCUUUCACCACAACGGCGCCUUCCUCCGGCUGCAGAUUAUCAGAGUUUCUCUGCAACACUGGUCACUGCAUUUCACAGGACAAAUAUUGUGACGGUGAGGAUGAUUGCGGCGAUAACUCUGAUGAACCAAGAUACUGCACCCCUUGCAAUCGAACUUUAUACGGCGACGUGGGUCGAACCUAUGAAGUGGAAGUUCGACGACCGAGGGAGGAUCGACUGCCAUUUUUAUGCCACCUCAACUUCACUGCCGCCGGGGCCGAUCACGGAGACCUAGUUCAGUUAACUUUUGACACUUUUACGGUAGGACGUUUUCAAUCUUUUACCUCAGAAGGAUGUCCUGACGGGUAUAUGAGUAUAAGGGAAGAAGGACGUCCAGCAACUGAUGGACAGUGGUGUGGUAGUGCAUGGGGUUACACUGUAUAUUACAGUGAGACUCAUUCCAUAAAUUUAACUCUUUUCUUAUCACGUCUUUCCGAACAGGGCACAGACUACAACUUUGACUUCAAACUAUCGUAUAAGUUCUUGAAGCGUAGCGAAGCUCACCUGAGAUAUGGGAACAGUACCAUGGCCACGUGGCGUGGUGAAUUAGUGAAUGGCACUUACUGUGAUCGAGUUUUAACCAGGUGCGACACGCGAGCUUGUCGGCUCCAAUCGCCAAACUAUCCCGGUGUUUAUCCGAGAAACGUGACCUGCUACUAUCGCGUCGAGCAAAAACGUGCCCCACCGGGACACCGAGCACUUCUCGCUGUUAGUCAGCGUAACAGUCACAAGAUACACAUCAAGGACCAGAUCGUCAAAUACGACAGAAGUCAACGAAUAUUAAAAGUAUGGGAUCAGUGCAACGUCGUUCAAGAUUAUCUGACCGUUUACGAUGGUGGGUCGACUUCUGACAGAGUUCUUGUGAGAUUGUGCGGCGGAGAUGCAGUGCCGGAUAUUGUCAGUAGUCACGACACGAUGCUCCUCGAAUUUCACACAUCGCCAUACGACAAUCCAUUUCAUCCUGUACCCUUAUCGUUCCUGCCUGGCUUUGAGCUUGAGGUUCAGGUACUUUUUGUUGACGAGAAAUCGCAGAGUUUUGUAAAAGAAAGUGAAAAUUGUAACUUUUUGAUAUCAAGUUUCGAAAGUCCCUCGGGUCUUUUGGAAAAUCCAAAGCACUCUUUACCUCCAAAUACAACUUGCCGUUAUCACUUUCAAGGAAAGCCGAACGAAAUUGUUUGGAUAUCAUUUAUUAAAUAUUAUUCAGCAACAAUAGAUCCAUCAUCAAAUAUUGAUACUAUUGACAGUCCAACGGAAUGUAAUGCCAAAUUAUUAAUUUGGAAUGGUGAUCAUUCGUCGGAAAAGCCAACAAAUGGAAAGAAUGUCACAUUAAUGGGGGAAUUUUGCAAAUAUGACAUCCCUCGACUUUGUGAUCAUAGUCUUUUACGUAAUAGCAGUCGUCAUACACGUCCUUGUAGUCUUGCCGAGAGUUAUGUAUCAACUGGAAGAGAUUUAACAUUAGAGCAUAUUUUACGUCAAGGAAGUGCCCUUUAUCCUGUGAGCUUCGUCCUUCGAUAUGAAUUUGUCCAUGAAUCAAUGUCUUGCAAUCAUAUAUUUACAUCAUCAUCGUUUACAUCAUUAUCCCCAUCAUUGCAAUCACAAUCACAAUCAUCAUCAUCAUCAUCAUCAUCAUUGAAAUCGGGAAAAUUUUAUUCACCAAAAAGUGUUUUCUUCUAUGGCCGUGGUGGUGCACAAAAUCUCAGUUGUAUUUAUCGAUUUCAAGCUGAACCUGAACAGAGAAUAGAACUUUCAAUUUUGCGAGCAUCUUUUGGUGACAAACAAUGUAAAUCCUACGUUGAUCCUUUAGUCGAUCGUUGGGCAUGCUAUCGUGAUAAAUCAAAGUCCAGGAAGAAUGGAAUCGCUGAACUCCAGAUAUCAGAGCAUCCUUGGCAAGGAGUGGAAUUGGGUAGAGAUUGCCUUUGUUCGAAUAUAAGCGAAAAAGUCGUUUUAAGAACUCUAACUUCUAAUGUCGUGGAACUUAAAUUCACAGUAAUUCGUAUGAACGUCACACAAGAUUAUAGAGAUUUCUUUUUCGAGGGUGAAUUUCGUUUUGUCGCUGGUGCUGAAGCUGGUGAUCAAACUUGUGCCACUAGAUUGGAAGAUCGAAGACUACGGGGCUCCAGUGGUGAAAUAUCUCUAAGGAGUCCUUUCCCACCUAUUAUUCCUGGAGUGACUGCAAUUGAGGAAAUGUCAACAAAUACAGAAGAUUUAACAGCAACACAAUGUGUUCACGAACCAUGGCUAAUUGAGCCAAAGGAUAUACGAAUGAAUUUCGUCUAUUUGAGAACAAGUGGAUUCAGUAUUAAUCCAAGCAAUAUUGAGGAAUGUAAAACACAAAAUCGAAUUAUUGUUUAUUCAGCGGCUAAUACAAAAGAACGUAGUGUCAUUUGUCCUGAAAGUAGUUCGAAUUCAGGUAAAAAUGUCGAUUUUUUCUCAGGUGGUUGGAAUUAUAGUUUAGUUAAUGGGACAAUGUCAACAUCGGCAAUGCUACAGCACUCAAGAAGUUUUGUCGUUGAAUUUCUCCAGAGGGAAGCUGGAUUUUAUGCUGUUACAUGGAUGGCUAUUUCGAAACAAUCACCAAUUUCUCAUCUUGAAUCAAAUGCAUUUGCUUUUGUUCCAUCUAACGAGUGUCCUUACAGAUGUCCAGAAUUACAGGCGUGUAUAAGCUCUGAUCUUUGGUGCGAUGGAGUUAAACAUUGUCCUUCAGGAUUUGAUGAAGAAGAAGAAAAUUGUUCUUAUCGAUUUGGAGUGACAUUAUUGUAUGUUGCCAUUGGUGCUGGUGCAUUGGGCAUUUUUCUUGUAUUAUUAUUGGCAACUGGUUGCCUCAAAUAUUGUCUCUAUCGACAUAAAGCACGUAAAAAGAAAAAAAAUGUUGCUCUUAACGUUAAUCAUCUCCAUGUGAAUCAUACUCAUCACAAUAACGGACUCACUGGUACUCGUCUCAGUGGACGUUAUAAUCUCGCAACUCCUCAAGAAAUGUACAUGGAAAACUAUGGAAAAGACAGUAUUUGUUGACAAUACGCCAUCACCAAUAUUGAAACCACUGUGUGAAUAGUCAUGUUUUUAAUGCCUUCCAGGCCCUCCCCCUCAAUUGUCACCUACACACAUAAAAACACAUACAAAUACCACUUCCAUCGUUUUAUGCGAACGAAUGCACUAGUGUUACUAUUAUAAUUAUAAUAAUAAUAAUAAUAAUAAUAAUAAAAUAUAAUACUCAUAAUGAUAAUAAUAUUCCCAGAAAAAAAAUUAUAAUCUAUCGAAAAUUUCCACUGGUGCGUCAUGAAUAUAAUUUUCUCCCAUCAUUUUCAAAAAAAAAAACCAGUUUUGGAGAUUUUUGGUAAAUCUUUUUUAAUCUCAAAAAAAAAAAAUUCUAACGAAAGAAAAUAUCAUUUGUAUUACGAAUAUCUAAAAACUCCGCGUGAGUUAUUAUAGUGAAUAAUAAUUACACUUUUAAUUUCCUUUUUUUUAUACUUUUUUGUAAAAAAAAAAAAAAAAUAAUAAAUAUCAUUAAAUUUUUUGUCAUAUAUAUAUAAGAGAAGUAAUGUCUGAAAAAAGCGAAAUUUCUCCUCACUAUUCUCAUAAAUUUUCUUUUUUCAUAAUAUCAGGAUGUCUAAAAACACAUCAUAAUUAGAAAAAAAAAAAAAUUUAUAAAAUACGCUUUUAUAUAUGACAUGAAAAAAAAAAUUAAUUAAAACUUUUUAUAAUUAAAUUUUACAAUUCCAACUAUAUACAUAUAUAUAUAUAUUUCGGUUAUAUACGAAAAAAAAAAUUUUAUACGAUAUAUGUAAAUUUUUUUUGAUAAUUCCAAUUUAUCAAAUUCUUUUUUUUUUAAUAAUUAUUGUACAGUUUUAAUUAGAAAAUUAUUGAAUAUCGAGAUUUUUUCUCAAAAAAAAAAAAUAUACAUAAUGACCAGGCAAAGUUUGUUAUAGCUUUUUUAAACAAAAUAUAAUUAUAUCAUUUUGUGACAUCAGAUAUUUAAAAAAAAAAAAUUAAAAAAAAACUAUAUCCGAAUAUUUAAUACCGAAAAAAACCAAAUAUAAGAGACGAAACAAGGAUGAAAUAUCUAUAGGUAGACUGCUCAAGAUUUAAAAAAAAAAUAUAUAUAUGACCAAAUAAUGCUCUUUUCUUCCAUUCAGAAAUCCUUUUUAUAAAGCUGACGUGAAUUUAACGACAUUAAAUGAUUGAAAAAUGAGAUAAAAAGAAAAAGAAAAACGGAAUUGAUAACAUUCAAAAAGUGAUUGAAAAAAGUUCUCUUUUCUCAAAAAUUCAACAGCCGUUCAAUUCAUCUCAACGUUUUUUUAUUGGAAUCAGAAAAAAAAAUUCAGUGCGACCAGACACAAUAAAAAAUCUCGUUGCUCCACCAAAUUUUUUUUUUUUAUAUAUAUUUUAAGAUGCUCCGAACCAUUUUUAGAUUGAGAUAAAAAAUAUAAUGACAGUGAUGAUGAUAAUGAUAAUUUAAUAGUUUCAUGACUCUUGAUAUUUGUAUCCUGCGCCUGUUUAGAUAUCAUAUUGAGUCGUCAGAAAAAAAAAAUCAUUUCACUCUUGUAUUUUUUAUCUCAUUGGUCCAUUCACCUUCGUAUAGAAUAUUUAACGUAGAAAAUAUAAAUAUAUAUAUAAUAUUAAUUAGGUUUGAUAUUGAUGCGUGAUGCUUGAUUGGGCGGUAGAGAUCAAUGUAUAGUGUUAUUUAAAAAAAAAAAAGCGAAAAAAUUCGGCAAGCUAACAGCGUUUAAUUAAAAAAAAAAAAAAUCCCAAUUUAAAAAAUGUUAGGAAUAAAUAUUUUAAAAGUUUCAAUCUAAAUUAAAAUCUAAUAAUUUUUAAUUGAAAUUUACAAAAAAAAAUUAUAUAUUAUUUAAAAUAUUUAGUUUUUAUUAUUUUAUUUAUUAAAUCCAAAAUUUCUAAUUUCUAAUUAAAAAAUUACUUUAAAAAUAAUCAAGUAAAAUUCUAUAUGUUGAAAUUUCUUCAGUUAUAAUAAAUUUAAAAAUUGUUUGAUGAUUUAUAUAAUUUAAAAGAAGAUUUAAAAUUAAAGUUGUACCCUAAAAGGGCCUCGUUACGUACAUCUUGUAUGCUGUGAUAGAAGUAAGCGUAUCAACAAUCGGACGAAUUGAAACAAAAAAAAAAAAUUGUGUUUUCAAAAUUUCAUAAUAAACAAUUAAUUAAAAAAGCGUGUUUGCAAAAAAAAACCAAAUUUUAAAAAAUUAAAAUUAUUUUUAAUUUUACCCUACUGCGAGAGGAAAACCCAAAUGAAUUUCAAAAAUCCAAAAAUUUACUUUUUAGGAGCAGCGAAUUGAUAUUCCUUUCGCACCAAGUGUAAAAAAAAAAAUUUUCAGUAGUUAUAUAUAUAUAUAUAUCGCCCGAUAAUAUUUUUUUUCUGUUUAGUGCACAAAAUAUUUUUUUGACUAUACGUAAAAAAAAUAAAAAGUAUGCAGAAUGAAGGAAAUUUAAUAAAAUUGUACAUGAUAUAUGUAUACAGGCAGUGUGCUGUAAUUUUUGACAUAUGGAAAAAAAAAAUGGUGUAAUUUGUACAUCUGUGAAAAAAAAACAUUAGUAGGCGUAAUGUUUGAGCCAAAGUCAUGGCUGAGCGUGAAAAAAAAAAAAAAAGUUUUUCAACAUAGAGUACGAUUGUCAGUAUUAAACAUCGAGAUUUUUAGAAUUAUUUUCUCUUUUUAAAAGAAAAAUAAUGCUUUUUUUUUUUUGUUUAAAAUAUGUUUUAAUUUAUUUUCAUUAUUGAUAUUAUUGUAAUUAUAUAGCGAUAUGGUAUCGCAACCUUUUUGCGUCAAUAUAAAUAUAUAUAUAUAUUGUAUUUUCCAUGAAAAUGUCAAGUAGAGAAUUUAUAUUUUAUGGUAAUUUUUAAUAUUUUUCAAAUUUUUUAUAAUCAUUUAUAUUUAUUUUUUUUUUUGUGCCUCUUGAGAGACUUCGAAUUUUUACACGUAAUGUGCAUAGACUGAGUAAGCUUUCAAGUUUUUUGUAGAUAGAUUAUUUGAAAUAAAUACAAAUACUCACGAAA